CAAGCUUUAAUACGGAGCUGGAAAUAUGUACGAAGUCUAAGUGAAGACCCGACAACAGAACUCUGCUACAACACGACAGGAGGUAGAGACAACGUGGAAAUGUUGAUGUGCUUCAAGUUCCAAAGAUGAAUAAAGUCAUCAGAGUUAUUGGCAAGCAAAUAUCCAGUGUGCAUGUGAGGACAUUCAUCAAGAAAAAUUAAAAUUAAUUUCCGAAAAUGGUGACAGAGGUGCUAGACAAACUUGAAAGAACUCAGAUGCCAGAAUGGCAAUGCAGGUUCUUAAUACGAAAUGGAACAGUGGAAAACUUGGCCAUCUAAUAAAAAAAAAAAACUGCACAAAUAUUUCUCAACAAGUUGGGUCGCAACAAUGAUCAGAAAUAUAUGCACAAUCAAGUUCACAGGAUUACCAGCAAAAAAGAAAAAAAGCUCCUGCUUUAAGGUGCGGAAACCGGUAACACUGAAAAUGAGAGCCUCUCCAAACGUCAUUCCAGUCAUCGUGUUAGGCAUGAAGAGUGAAAUAGCAAUAUCCUUCUUAUCAAUAUGUUUCGUCUUGUUAACUCUUAUCAAGCAAGGUUCAGGACAAUGCAAGAUGUUGUUGUGCAGAUUCCGCCCAAUAAUUUCUGCUCAAUCAGGGUUGACUACUUCACACUUAAACUCAAAUCUCUGCCCUUAUAUUAUCAUGGCGUUGUCGGAGUAUAUUGAUAAUGAUGUGAUCUCUGUCGAAAGAAAAGUGACAGAUACAUAUUCAUGGAUGUUUCAAGCUAAAAGAGAAAACUCAGAUUUGAAAUUCAUCCUAGCUUUUUACAGUUAUCUAGGAAAUAGAAAAUUUUAUGAAAUGUAUCAGAGUCCAGCGAGAAGAAGAAAUUUUAUUCAAUCGUGCAUAAGGCAUUUACGAGAUAAUCAAUUUCAUGGAAUGACAGUAGAAUUACUAUUUGGUGCUGGGAUGAGAACUCCACAACAUUACAGUAGAGAUCGUUUUGCAGACUUUAUGCAGGACAUUCAAAAUGCUUUCACCGAAGAAGCUAGACAAUCAGGGAAACCAAAACUUUUGUUAUUUGGAGACUUGCACUCCAAACUAACAUACGUUGCCGAAGAUUUUGAUGUGCCAAGAAUUUACAGCUAUUCGGAUUAUGUGAUAUUUCACGCACCAUGGAGGGGUAAAAUGUUUUGGACAGGUGAAAAUGGACUUGAUCGUCUUCACCCCAACAGAAUUUAUAGAAUAGACCCAGAAGACACGUUAAACUUAGACUACUUUGUCAAGCAGAUUGUUUCAAUAGGAGCAAUAAAGUCAAAAACAAUAGUCCAUGUUAAUUUAUUGAGUGCAAAGUAUUAUAAUGGUGUUCCGCCUAUAAUAGAGGCACAGUUCAGUUUUGCCUCAUUUAUUGAUUAUGGUGAAGUGUGUAACAUGGUGAGAAAAGGUGGUCAAAUUAGACGUGCAUCAAAUAUACAUCCUUAUCAUCUGUAUAACCGCUACUUGGUAUUUUUUGAUGAUGAAUUGAGUGUAAGAGAAAGGAUUAAGUACAUCAAAAGUUCAGGAUUUGUUGGUUUUGUUGUUCCUGAUUUAGCAGCAGAUGACUUUAAAGAAAAUUGCUGGCUAGGUAAAUGGCCUCUGGUGCGAGCUAUCAAUGAAGAGUGCAGAAAAUCUUAACAAUCUUACAAUGAUAAUAGAGAAAAAGUAAAAAUCAAAGAAACAAACCUUGGAUUUGAAAAUAACACUGGAUUUAAAAACAAACAAACUGGAAAGCUCUUUUAACAUCUCGCAUGAAAUAUGUGUUUUAUUUAUUUUUAUUUUGAAGACUGUAAAAAUGGAGUAGAACGGAAGAUUAUACUUGAUAAUUUUAAUGUUGCGUGUAUAUGUGUUUUUCUAAAUUAAUUUCAAUGAUCUAUUUUUCAAAUAAAUCUUUCCUGCUUUUAAG